AUGAAGUGGAUUGAGCCAGUUUCCUCUUGAACGGAGCCUCACAUCAGAGGCCUUUUCCACAGUCUCUUCUGCUGUUUAUGUCAAAAUAACGAGUCACAUCCACUGAAAAACAAUACCCUCUUAUUGGUAAGAGAAAAUGGGAUUCUGUCAAAACAGGCCCCAGCAAAACCACUGCUCCCACAGAUGAAAUCGAAUGAUACAGGGAAGAUCUGUGUGGUCAUUGAUUUGGAUGAAACACUAGUGCAUAGUUCAUUUAAGCCAGUGAACAGUGCAGACUUUAUCAUUCCAGUGGAGAUUGAUGGAACAAUUCACCAGGUGUAUGUGUUAAAGAGACCCCAUGUUGACGAAUUCCUCAAGAGGAUGGGAGAAUUGUUUGAGUGUGUUUUGUUCACCGCAAGUUUAGCCAAGUAUGCUGAUCCUGUGUCUGACCUGUUGGACAAAUGGGGGACCUUCCGAAGUCGCCUCUUCCGGGAGUCCUGUGUCUUCCACAAAGGGAGCUAUGUAAAAGACCUGAGCUUUUUAGGAAGAGACCUCAACAAAGUCAUCAUCAUUGACAACUCCCCAGCCUCCUAUGUCUUCCAGCCUGACAAUGCAGUUCCCGUAGCAUCCUGGUUUGAUGACAUGUCAGACACCGAGCUCCUCGAUCUUAUCCCCUUCUUUGAGAAGCUAAGCAAAGUGGAUGACAUCUAUGACGUUCUCAGGCAGCAGAGGACUUUGAGUUAACACAAGCAGGACACCGGGAUGAAAACAUUCGCCAGUGGAUGUCAUCACGGGACCAUGGAGGCUGGUGGGCCGCAGACCCCACACUGCUUCCUACUACA